AUGAUCCUCUUGCAACACGCCGGGCUUCCUCUGCCUAAGCGGCCCUCAUCCUCUCCUCCUAUGUCAGUGGCCGCCAGGUCUACAGGAACCUUGCAGCUUCCGCCACAGAAGCCUUUUGGGCAGGAGGCUUCCUUGCCUCUUGCAGGGGAAGAGGAGUUACCUAAGGGAGGAGAGCAAGACUCUGCCCUGGAGGAGCUAUGUAAGCCCCUGUACUGCAAACUCUGCAAUGUCACCUUGAACUCAGCGCAGCAAGCCCAGGCUCAUUAUCAGGGUAAAAAUCACGGUAAGAAACUCCGAAAUUACUAUGCAGCAAACAGUUGUCCUCCUGCUGCCAGAAUGAGCAGCGUGGUGGAACCUGUGGCCACCCCAGCGGUUCCGGUCCCUCCACAGAUGGGCUCCUUUAAGCCGGGAGGCAGAGUGAUCCUGGCCACAGAGAACGAUUACUGUAAGCUCUGUGAUGCCUCCUUUAGUUCUCCGGCUGUGGCUCAGGCUCACUAUCAAGGGAAGAAUCAUGCCAAGAGGCUGCGGCUGGCGGAAGCUCAGAGUAACUCAUUCUCGGAAUCCUCUGAGGCGGGUCAGCGGCGGACCCGGAAAGAAGGGAAUGAGUAUAAGAUGAUGCCUAAUAGGAGGAAUAUGUAUACGGUACAGAAUAAUUCAGCAGGUCCUUACUUCAAUCCCCGCUCUCGGCAGAGAAUCCCCCGUGAUCUGGCCAUGUGUGUGACUCCAAGUGGCCGGUUUUACUGCUCCAUGUGUAAUGUCGGGGCUGGCGAAGAGAUGGAGUUCCGGCAGCAUUUAGAGAGCAAGCAACAUAAAAGCAAGGUGUCUGAGCAGCGGUACAGGAACGAGAUGGAGAACCUGGGAUAUGUAUAG